AUUGAAACGCAACUCUUUCUUCAUCUACUUCAUCAACGAAGACCUCCGCCUCUAAAGCUUUUGGAAUGACUUAUACCGUGUUUGGAUAUGGGUCGCUCAUCUUCAAGCCUCCGCCUCAUGUUAUCUCUGAAGCCCAUGGAUUUCUGAAGGGAUACGUCCGUCGAUUCGCUCAGAAAUCUCAUGAUCAUCGCGGAACGCCCGAAAAACCUGGACGUGUGGUGACACUGAUCCACAAAGAAGAAUGGGACGUGUUCUCGGGAUCAGAAGCGUUUCCAGAUGAAGACAUUGUGUGGGGGAUUGCAUAUACUAUAGAUCCAGAAUAUGAAAAGGAAGUCCGGGAAUAUCUAGAUUAUCGGGAAAAAGAUGGUUACACACUGGAAACAGUCAAUGUUUGGGGGGUUGACUCGAAUGGACAAGAGACAAUAGUUUUACACGGGGUGCACUGCUACGUCGGUCGUAACGACAACCCUUCCUUCAUUGGUUCUGAACCGUUAGACACUCUCGCGCAGAAGAUAUGGGAAUCAGUCGGUCCUUCUGGACCUAAUAAAGAAUACCUAUACAAACUUGUGGAGGCAGUUCGCAAGCUGGCACCAGAAUCCCAUGAUUCUCAUUUGUACGCGCUGGAGACAAGGAUUAGAGCGUUAGAACAGUCGAUUGGAUUGGGGUCUUGAUCUCGUCCUGAUGAACUCGUGUGUAUAUAAACGU